ACAAUACAUGUGUAAGCGGUCUAAACUGUAUAGGAAGAACACUGUAAAACACGAAAAGCCAUCAAAGAUGAAACUCUUAACUCCACAAAACUGCAGUCAGUUUGCAAGGCUCUUGGUUUGUUCGGUUUUCUAGCGGUUAGUGCAGAAGUGAUUCGCAGUUUAAUAGUGGAAACGGGACAUUUAGUAUCGGACAUUGUAGAUUAUGCUGAAGAUUAUAUUACCCACGCAUCGAAUAUAGUGUAUUUUUAUCGGAAGUUGCUGUCGUGCUGGCAGAAAAACUUAGUUGAAGAACUCCAGUUUCUGACCUAAAAAUAAUUCAACACAACACUUUCGCUCCUGCUCUCACCUAUACAAGUGCGUCAUGAGAGAACAUACGCGCAGGAGUGUCUCUCGCUGAACAGCGGCUGGAAUGGAGAGCAUCAUACAACACGAACUUGAAUGAAAACGGCGACUUACGAAAUAUGUUGGGUUGUGCGUGCGACGGUAACGCAUAUAUUCCGCACAUACGCAUACUUCGCAAAAUGUGCUCUGUGCAAAAGUAGGUGUGCUAUAAAAAAAGGCAAGUGCUUGACUACAAAUGCAAAGUUACAGGUCCGAAAAUGACGAUAUUACAGUCAUGAAACAGAUAAUAUUUGUUCAAUAAAAAGUGAAAUAAUAACUGUUCGACUGAGCUGUUUUAAGUAUUGAAUCAAAACUUAUCCCUCAAGCAGACCACUCAUUUUGAACACUUGAGCCACUUUUGCAGUUCUGAGUGAGGGAGUGCAGCUUUUGAAUUAGGAGCGUGCUAGUGCUGACUCUCACUUAUACAUUUCAUUUGUUCAGUGCGCGAUUAUGUGAUAAGUUGUUAAUCUUUUUGUUGACGUAAAAUAUGAUUAACACGAUUUCGGAGUAUCAUCAAGUGCUCAUGAACGGUCAUAAUAUUAGAACAACGGAACAGAUAAUACAAACCGAUGAAGUGACUGCCGAAGAGAAUAUGGAAAUCCAAAAAAGUUUUCUUGUUUACAAUUUAUGACACUGGUAGAAGAGAAAAUUGAAUGUGUGAGCAAUCAUCAAAAUAGAAUAAAUGGUGGUGUGCGUAGGAUACUGCUGAAGUGUGAAUGAAAUGCAAUAAAUUGAAGUUUAUCCAACGGGCGAUUGUCUAUAAACAAUGUCUCAUAGUAGUGACAAUUUUAAAAUCAUCAAACAAGUGGGAAUAAUGUAUCGUGAGCAAAUAUCAAGCAAACAAGCUCAAAACAACUAAUGGCAAAUUUAAGAUAUCAUGGUUGAAAAAAUUUAAAAAUCAAAGUGAAAAUGGUUAUAUGAAGACACCAAUACCUGCGUGUAAAAGUAGAAGGCUAAAGUGAUAAAAGUAUAGUUUGAAUGAAGAUCUGUGUAUAGGUGUAGAAAUAUGAAUCUUGCGUUCGCAAACUGGCACAGUUCUAUUAGGCAGACCAUCAUCAUUUUUUGGACAUCAACUAAUACAUCGGUUUACUGCAGCUAAAUCAAUGAGAAGCAGUUUUUGCAUCAAUUACCUGUAUAACUGUUCGAUCAUCGCAGUGGGCUCUUUUAUACACAAUAUGAAUUUUCGGGGAAAAAGCGAUAAAAGGUCUGAUAAGUGAUAAAAUAAAACGUUCAUCAUUAUCCGCGAUCGUUUGUGAACCUGAUAAAUAUGGAAACCUUGACCGAAAGUAGUAUCGCAACAGAGCUUCGCUCGGAAUCACUGAUUCCUACAUCUCCAGAUGAAGUACGAAUGCUGCACGGGCAGCACAACAAUAAUAAUGAUGAUGAAGUCGCCUUAGAAGACGUGAUAAAUCCCAAUAACAUGUCAGAAGAUCACUCUCAGUCGUCUCAAGAUAGUAAUAGACCGAUAUCUGCGCCACCAGACGGUGAUGGGCCUUCACAGGAAACAGUUGAAAACAGCUCCAAGGAACUAAAUCGCAGCUGUUCUGAAAAUAGCUGUAGUGAGACUAUCGAUUCGCACCCCGUUCCAGAGACCGUGCAAGAUGUGUAUUCCUGCAGUGUACCAAGGCAACAAACUAGCGUAUCACCAUCAAUCGAAGUGCCCCCGGAUAGAGCUGCAGCUAUUGCUGCUGCUCCUACGCCUAAAAUCACUAUUGCGCCAAUCUCGAAUGGCAGUUUUUUGUCUAAGCCCGGUGGAAAACCCACUACCAUGCGUGAUUUGGACCGCAAAAUGAACAAAUCCCGCGGACGACCAAAAAGACGAGCCAUGGUGGCAAUGUAUCAAAGUGAGAUAAGCGAAAACAAAAUUGGUAUCAAGCUAUGUAUAAAGAAAGCAUCUGAUGCGAUAGUACAACAACCAAAGAAAGCGACCCGAAAACGCUCACGUAAACCUAAAAGCCUCACGGAAGAUAGCGAUGAGGAGACAGCAGGCGGAGCGUCGCCAGAAAAACGUACCCGGAAACCUCGAGAAAGCACCGGCCGAAAAACCAAUAAUAAUACCGAAAAAGUGACCCAAGAAGAGCACAAACCUCCGGAAGAUCAGAGCGUGUGGGCUGAUCAACUUCCGGAGCAUAUUUUGUGCAUGAUUUUCCAACACGUCAUUCAAGACGAAGGUUGCAUUCCAUCGCUCGUCCGAUUUGGCAGAGUCUGUUCCGCUUGGCAUAGAGCAUCCCUAGUGCCUUCACUCUGGCGAACAGUGGACCUUGGUAACUGGACCAAGGAACGAUUCAAGACAGAACUCAAGUUGAAGUGGCUUAUCGAUAACCGUCUUCGCAAUAGUACCGAUGUUAGCUUCGGUAACUGGAAAAUUACCAACGUGCAAUGUGUACUUGAUAGGCUGCUGGCAGCUGCGCCUAACCUAGUUGGGAUUACACUGAACGGUUGGAAACAACUAACCUCCGAUCAUCUGAUGUUCCUGGUGCAGGAAUUCAAAAGUCUACGGCGAAUCGACUUGAGCUCUGUUAAUGCUGAAGUCAACGCCAACAAAACAGCGGUGGGACAGGUUUCAUUGUGCAGCGCUAUUUCCGAAAUGGGUGAACGAUUAACUCAUCUCUAUUUGGCUCACAACCGGCUAAGCGGCAUUCCUCAAAUCGUCAAAGCUCUUUCGACCCAGUGCCCAAAUUUGACUCUGCUUGAUCUAUCCAAUGUCACUACCAUAGCUAUCUCACAUGGGAUACUCAAUAUCGAGCAGCUCCAGAAUGGUUGCCAGAGGCUCAAAGUGCUGAGGAUAACCAACUCGCACAUUAACUUGAGCACAGCGACCCUCCAAGAACAGAUGGAGUCCCUCGGUUUUCCAGAGCUAGAGGAACUUUCGGUAGCUUCCCUUGCCGAUGAAUCACGUCUCUUCAACGAUGAAUAUCUACAGCGGAUUCUUAAAACGAGUACCCAGUUGAAGUUGUUGGAUGUGAGAGGUUGUUCCAGGUUAACGCAUGAUAGCUUGAUCCGAUUACCCACGUGGGACCUUAAGCAUCUUUUUCUCUCCGGAUGUUCCAUUACCAGAGAUAUGGGCUCUGGUUUGGAAUUGAUCGCAUCGAAAUGGGCACACAGUUUGAUAGAGUUUGACUUGGCUUGGGCCAAUGCCACUAAACCUCUAGAUGACGCACUCAAAUCGCUGGCUGAUAAAGGCUCCGAAUCCCCAUUGAACCAUCUCAAUCUGUGUGGAUCUUCAGUUUCGCUGGAAGCGGUCAAGGAAGUGCUCACCAACUGCCCGCACAUCAACUCUAUCAAUUUAUCCUCCUGCCGGGGCCUUCCACGUGGUGUGAAGCGACUUUUACAAGGCCCCACGGAGAUUGCUGAGUUGCGAGAGAACUUAGGUGUUACGCUAAAACAGCCCAAGUCAAAGGUGGAUUAAGUCAGUCCAGUGUGGUACCGCUCGUUGUAUGGCAAGGCAAGUGAUCGUGUUCUCAAAACAGUAACAUUCUCGAUGAGAUUAUGGGCGCGCAAGAUUGUGUUUUUCAAAAGUGUUACUUUGUGAUAUUAUUACUCUGGUGAAAGCGGUUGCACAUUUGCCACGAAAGAGGAUUGUUCGUCAGCAUGUAGUUAAGGAAGCAUAAUCUAUAAACCGGAAUGUCUCUGGUGAACACAGUGUAGUGCCCUGUUGUCCCUGUUAAGCAGUUUUAGAUCUUAGAGUGAAUAACAUAUAUUUAUUUACUACACAAUUUUCCAUAAUAUCCUUAAAUCUAUUUUUUGAUAGAUUGGUUACGCAGCUACAAUUUUUUUAAUAUUUUUUUGAUACCAACACAAAGCUCCAGAAACGGGUGCACAGCAUUCACCUUACAACUCAGUAUUGUAUAGAUUACAUUGGCUCUCUAAAUUUGGUUUCUCAACGUUUCAAUUCCUCCAUUAAUUACUCCAAAAUUCAGUUAGUAUGAGAUCUGCAGCGAAUCAUAUUUCAUAAAAUUCAAGUCUAUAAUGCAUGUAAUUGAAGUGCUCCUAUGGCGCAUUUGAUUUGCUGGUUCAAGAUAGCCAGCAGUUCUGAACAAAAUUUGUAAUCAUGGACAUCUCAUCCGUAUUUUAUCACCAAUAUUUUGCCAUGAUUUGUUAAUUGGUAACAAACUGAUCUCAACCUUAGCCCGGGAUUUGUUAUCCGAUAUCAAGACAACCACAGUAAGUGCAGUAAAUACUUUCUUCAAAAUGCAGAAAUAACAACAGUUCUGUUCAUCGUUAAUGUUACGAAUCUAUACCUUUCAACCAUUACGUUUAACAUUACUCCACAUCAUUGUCAUUAAUUAUAUAAUGAACACAAAAUGUCAUAUUUUUGUUCGAAAAAAUAGUCAGUCUACAUUAUUAUAGAUAGACAUUUUUGAACUCAAUAUUUUUUUAAACGAUACUCAAAAUAAUUCUUUCGUGGCAAAGUCUAUCUUAUUUGUAAGAAGUUAACGAUGAUUCUCUUUCACAAUUUAUUGCGACAAAUCAUACGUUGUACUGUACAGUUCCCUCAUGGAAACUAUUUUAUUGGGCAUUUUGUAACCGAUCAGUUUCAGCAAUUUGGUCAUUUCAGUUACUAACUGAGCCUUUUGUGUAGCAUAAACCUUUUUAAUUAUAUUGUUAUUAUAUGUAUCAAAAUGGAUUUCCGCACCCAUUUAUCUUUUAAUAUUCUAUGCAGUCUUAACUGUAGAGUAUAAGGUAAAAUUAGUAUGGUCGAUAAAUCACGAUUUAUUUAAAGCAAACAAAAUUAUAUAACCCGAGAAGCAAACUUUUUAAAAAAGGAACACACGUUGCAAUAAUAAUAGUUUCUUUGUGUAAGUUAAGGUCGAAUUUAGGCCGUAACACGUAGGUAAGACAACAAUGCCUAGAAUAAUAAGAAACAACAUGUUUUGUAACACAGCAAACAUUAUGUUGAUGCGAACGGAACAAGAAUAUUUCGGCAGAGAUUACAUAUGGUACUGUUAUUUUAACAAACAACAUAAGUUAUCAGUAUCAAACAAAAAUCACAAUGUGAAGGAUUAAAUGCACCAACCAGAUGCAGUAGCAAGAGAAAAAAAAUCGAAUACACUAGCGGUUAGGCAUACACAACAUUAUUAUAGAAAGAAUUCAAUUUAUCCGAAAAACACACACACAGAAAUGAAGAGGAACACAUUUACACAUUAAAUAUGUACUAUUGAUAUAAGAAUUACAGUUGGUAGACUUCUAGAUAAGGAUCAAUUCUCUAAAAUAGGCAAAAUUUAGAGAUUAUUUUAAAAAGCAAAAUGAGAAACAUAAACUUACUAACAAAAAAGUACCCGUUAAAUGCCAGAGCACAUUAAUAGUAGCAUGAUCAACUAUUGAGAAGAAAACAAAAAAAAACUGCUGCUCAUUUUGUGGCAGCUCAACAAAUCCCAACGGCGAUGCACGCCAGAAAACAGUUCGGCUUCAAA